CGUCAAAGUAGAAAUCAAGCUAAAGCAGUAGACACCAUAUUGUCAACCGGUACACAAUGGAUGCACACACACUACAAUACAUACUUCGCAGCAAGUAUAACAUAAAUGAAAAGUUUCAGGCCGAGGGCAUAUUUGUGGUCCUUCAAGGCAGCACCAUGAAAGCAAAAGGUCUGUUCAGUAUCGGGAUUGGUGAGAGGAUCGUAGUCGUCGCCGGCAUCAACCCCCGCGGACCGGAGAUCGACUACAAUCCGGUGUUUCUCACUCCGGUAGGUCUGCUCGGUGUCACGUACAAGAAUGCAAGCAUGAUUGUAACAAUCUCCACUCCGCUCAAAGGCAAGAAUUCUGUUCAGUUAUGCAGCAGUAGCAAGGCCGCCGCUAUAUGGAAUGAUUUCACCACCGCCAAUGAUUACCUGGCGUCUAAAUUAAGCGGCGACAUUAGGUGCAGCGCGUCACUUAGUGCAUCAUCAUCAGACGCCUCUGUGGGUGCAGAACCUGAGUAAACAUAUCAGAAGGGCUUCAUAGGCCUGACCCUUCCCAAUUACAGAUGUCUGUCUCCGCAAAGGUUUCCCACGGCAGAUCGAAGUUUCAGCUCUAUUUCUUUGCCCGAUAUGGUAUGUGGACCAACCGAUGCCAAGCACCCGGCGUUCCGUCAGCAUGUUCUGAGAGGUCACAGUUUGGACUGUGUCGAUGUGUCUUUUGACAGCUUCAUCAAUGAUAAUGAUACCAACCGAUGCCAAGCACGUGGUGUGCCGUCAGCAUGUUAAGACAGACUGUGUUAUUAAUGUCUGUCGUAGCCUAUUUUGGAAUCAGGAACUAUUUCCAGAGAGACUGACCGUGUACGUCACCAUGUGUGAUAAUAUAAUGAAACGAU